AAAUAAAUAUGUUCUCUGAAGGCAUGAUUUUGAUCGCUAGCCUCAAGGUCUCCUGUUCCUCAUUACAUUAAUAUCCUGAAGCAGAUUAUUAUUUUUAUAUUCUGAGUAAAAGCCCUGAAUUAAAUCUGCCCACAAAAUGUAUGUAUUUGACCACUGAGUUUGUUCAUUUUCCAGGCUGGAAUCAAUCCCUCCAGAAUCUCUGCUGCUGCAAAAAUCAGCUUCCUAAUAAUGAUUUCCUCUUCAGAGGAAGGCACAUGGGUGUUUGUUCUGCCUUUAAGAACAUCCCUGAUAAUAAAUGCUGCAAAGCAGUGCUCAAAUAUCAUCUUAAGCUUCUUGCCAGCCACCUUUGCAGUGGUUCAUUCUAUAUCUGACAGUCUUUCCCUCAGAGUGCUGGCAAUUAAUUGCCUUUGUCAUGAGCCUGUAUAAAGUAAUGGUCUGAGCAUAACUGAAAAUAACUCAGCUGAUAUUCUCUAAUAUUCUAUUGUCUGUGGCCUCAUAACUGGAGGAAUUAAGCCAGAAGUGUUUGCUCUAACUUCAUGUGCUAAUUCUGAACUCCAAACAGCUCUCUGAUGCCCUGAGGUCCAGGUCCAGGUGCUGCAGGACUGUGGAAAGAUGAGUGUGCAGAUUCAGAGCCCACAUCAUCCAUGAGAGAUGCACCGUGACACUGCUUUUAUGUCAGCUGAGUCCUGGUGCUGGGAAGCUGCUGAGAUUGCAGCAAACCAAAUGGACACAGCCAAACUCCUCAGGAACGACUCAUUAAGCCUGGGAGAGAUGAAAAUAGAGGUGAAAUACCCUGGCAUGCAACUAAACAAAAUACAGAGCUCGGCCCGCGGUGCCGGGGAUCUCCCGUCGCGCUCCUGCGGCCCGCACACUGCCAUGACGAGCAUCGCCGACCUCCCCGAGGACGUGCUGGUGGAGCUGCUGUCGCUGCUGCCCGCCCGGGACCUGCUCCGCAGCUGCCGGCUGGUGUGCACGCAGUGGCGGUACGUGGUGGACCUGACCACCCUGUGGAAGCGCAAGUGCCAGCGCGAUGGGUUUUAUCGUCAGAGCUUGGACAGAAGCGUCUCUGACUGGAAGAUCUUCUAUAUGCUCUGCCAGUUGAAGAGAAACUUAAUCAAAAACCCUUGUGCUGAAGAGAACUUCCAACACUGGACACUUGACCAGAAUGAAGGAGAUAGGUGGAAAAUUGAGGAUCUGCCUGGAGCUCAUGGAAAUAAUCCACCAGACCCUGCAGUACGCAAAUACUUUGUCACUUCAUUUAGGCCAUGCGUCAAGUCCCAACUCAUUACCCUGAAGAAUGAAGGCUAUUGGAAUCAGCUGAUGGAUGAGAAAAGGCCUGAAAUUACAGUCAAGGACUGGUACGCUGCCAGGUUUGAUUGCGGGUGCCGCUACGAGCUCUCCGUGAGGCUGCUCUCCGAAGAUUACAUCGUCCUGGAGGAAUUCCAUCCUGAGCCAGUGGUCAUUGAGCAGUGGAGUGAUGCCAGGUGGAGAGAGAUUUCUCACACCUUCCAGAAUUACCCAGCAGGAGUCCGUUACAUCAUGUUUCAGCACGGAGGCCAGGACACGCAGUACUGGGCAGGAUGGUACGGGAUCCGUGUGACAAACAGCAGCAUCACCAUUGGGCCCCAGACAUCAUUCUGAAGCACUAUGGAAAAGCACUAUGCUUGCUUUUACCUCAGGACUGGAACCAAGUGGCUGCAGGUGCACUGUUUGCCUGUACUGUCCGGGUAUGUCCUAGCUUUGUCUUGCAGCUCUUGUUCACAGCAGAACUUCAGCAGAACCAGCCCUUUAGAAGGGUGUUCUGUCUUCAUCUUCCAUUCUCUUCUACCAUGGAUGCUAUUCCAACUACUGGUGCCCUUGCAGAGAAAAACUGGGACAAUUAAACAUGAGGUCUAUCUUUUCUAGUUAAUACAUUCUUAUGCUAAUAAGAUGGUCUUAAAGACACUUUCUUGUUUAUGGAACGUAGGAAAGAUAAGGCUAAAAUGAUUAAUUUUAGAUUACCAAUGGUAUCUACAAGGACUCUGCCACAGAUUGUUUUGUACAGUAUUUUCUUUCCUGUUUCAGUUUUAAGAUUCAGUUAAGAUUUAUGAUCUGCAUCAGACCCUUCAUAGAAUCAGGAAACUGUCACCCCUUGUUCCUAAGUGCUGUGUCACUGGUAGUGAAUUCCAUACCCUUUCUCUAAGUGUAUAUGAUCAAAAUGGUACCUGCCUUCCUAUCCAAAACAGUCCCUUGGUGAUUGAAUAAACAGGUAGAGAAAGAAGAGGUAAGAAGUCCCUUCAGGCAGCUGCCUAAUAACACAAGUGCCUUUUGAUUGUGCUGGGCUUUUCCCACAUCACCUUUGGUUUAUACUGAGCAGUGUAACCCAAUAUAAAAUGUUAAAGCAGU